AUGCCCACUUCUCAGCAUCCGCCCCCAGCAAGGAACAUUUCGAGCGACUUGUGGGCCUCGUCAUCAUCAUCAUCUUCGUCUUCGUCUUCAGACCAGUAUACCUCGGAUAGCGAUGUCCUCCCGGGACCGGCGUCUAGGCCUAAUCAAGCUGCCUCGAAACUGACUCGAGCUCCGCUGAGAAGUUCCAGACGAUAUAGCAUCGAUCGGACACCUCGAUACUUGAAAAAGUCUCGGGCCUGUCUGCGGCAUGCGCUGCUCUGUGUUUGGACAAUCGGCAGGCUUGACCAGCAAAGAGAGCUCAAGGGGUCGCUCUCAAAGCGAUCGACAACGGUACAUCGACCGUGGACAGAGCUCUCAGACUGCACCGUUCAACUCCAGAAUCAUAUCCGCGAUUCUCGUGUGCUGCGAAAUGAGCAACUCGUGAAAUGCCUAGACAUCUUCCUCGCCUCCUACUCGAUCCAUGUCAGUCCUUCCGCUCAUGAUCGCUCGUAUAUACGCGACCGCUUGACCAAGGCAGAAGCGAGAGCUGUGCCGGGUACACAGAGACAUCUUGAGGAGCUUCAGGCGAAGGCGUCAAAGAGUGAACUCUCGAGCCAUCAUGUGGAGAUUCUCGCACAAUGUCCUCCUGGCAUCCUCUUGACGCUUGUCGACUGUGCGCUGCCUCGGGAUGCAGAAGGCGCAGAGAUUCUGGUGUUCUCAGGCAUCCCAGGAUCUCAGCUCGAGGAUUUAGACCUUAUGGAUCGCAGAAUGUUGCACCUGUUCCACAUAUUUGGCAUCGAUCCGACACAGAUUGACGAGGUCCGUCUUCAAGACUGUGGCGCUGCCCGUCUUCCGACGUGGAUCCGGGGCAUGGCAAACUUGAGCACCUUGCGUCUGGAGAGAACAUUUUUAAAAGGACUUCCCAUGUGGAUACUUGAGAUGGAGAAGCUCAGAUGGAUCUCCAGCGGAUGCGUGUUCCCCUCCAGCAGCAUCACCUUGAAAGGAACGAUGGCAUCGUUCAAAAGAGUCUGUCAGAUACCACGCGAUCUCUAUGUGCCGGUCGUGACAAACGUUCCGAACAUUCGAGGCCCAAUGAGCCUCGCCAAGAUGUCGACGAUAUCGGCCCUCAGGCAGUACGAAGACGAUCUCGACUUUUGGGCCGUGGCUAGAGCUCUCCCGCCCAAGUUCAGUGCUGCCCUGCUCGAGUCUUGGCACUGCGAGCGAUGUGACAAGAUCUGCUUAGACGACGAGUGCGGAAUGCUGUCAUGUCAAUUGCUAGUGAAGGCAUUUGAUAAUUCUGAGGACAGGGGAAUUUGGAUCAAGUCGAGACUGUGCAGACUUUGUCGGGCCACUCUGAUCGGCCAAGCUCAUCAUGAGAAUCUGCUGGUAAAGCUUGGCAUAAUAGUAACCUCCCGAUAA